GCGCAGUCUGGCAGUUUGCCUCUUCCUCGUCCUCCAAUCUGCGUCCAUGGCCGCCGCCGCCACCGAGGAGCCCUUUCCCUUCCACGGCCUGCUGCCCAAGAAAGAGACCGGGGCCGCCUCCUUCCUCUGUCGCUACCCGGAGUAUGACGGGCGCGGGGUGCUUAUCGCCGUCCUGGACACGGGAGUUGACCCCGGGGCUCCGGGCAUGCAGGUUACAUCUGAUGGAAAACCAAAAAUUGUUGACAUCAUUGACACAACAGGAAGUGGUGAUGUGAAUACUGCUACAGUAGUAGAGCCAAAAGAUGGCGAAAUUAUUGGCCUAUCGGGAAGAGUGCUUAAGAUUCCUGCGAGCUGGACAAAUCCCUCAGGCAGAUAUCAUAUUGGCAUAAAAAAUGGCUACGACUUCUAUCCAAAGGCCCUCAAGGAAAGGAUACAGAAAGAACGAAAGGAAAAAAUCUGGGACCCUGUUCACAGAGUGGCCCUAGCCGAAGCUUGUAGAAAACAGGAAGAAUUUGAUGUUGCCAACAAUUGCCCUUCUCAAGCAAAUAAACUAAUGAAGGAGGAGCUUCAAAGUCAAGUGGAAUUGCUAAAUUCUUUUGAAAAAAAAUAUAGUGACCCUGGCCCUGUAUACGACUGUUUGGUAUGGCAUGACGGUGAAGUCUGGAGAGCCUGCAUUGAUUCAGAUGAAGACGGGGACUUGAGUAAAUCUACUGUAUUGAGAAACUACAAAGAAGCCCAAGAAUAUAGCUCUUUUGGCACAGCUGAAAUGUUGAAUUACUCCGUUAAUAUAUAUGAUGAUGGAAACCUGCUCUCUAUUGUGACCAGUGGAGGAGCUCAUGGAACACAUGUAGCUAGUAUAGCUGCUGGGCAUUUUCCAGAAGAACCUGAACGGAAUGGUGUAGCUCCUGGUGCCCAGGUUCUUUCCAUCAAGAUUGGUGACACAAGACUGAGCACAAUGGAAACAGGCACAGGCCUUAUAAGAGCUAUGAUAGAAGUUAUAAACCAUAAAUGUGAUCUUGUCAACUACAGCUAUGGAGAAGCAACUCACUGGCCAAAUUCUGGGAGAAUUUGUGAAGUAAUUAAUGAAGCAGUGUGGAAGCAUAAUAUAAUUUAUGUUUCAAGUGCUGGAAAUAAUGGUCCAUGCCUUUCUACAGUUGGUUGUCCAGGGGGAACUACAUCAAGUGUAAUAGGUGUUGGUGCUUAUGUUUCACCUGAUAUGAUGGUUGCUGAGUAUUCUCUGAGGGAAAAAUUACCUGCCAAUCAAUACACGUGGUCUUCUAGAGGCCCCAGUGCUGAUGGGGCCCUUGGAGUGAGUAUCAGUGCACCAGGAGGAGCCAUUGCUUCUGUUCCUAACUGGACGCUGAGAGGAACUCAGCUGAUGAAUGGGACAUCCAUGUCUUCUCCCAAUGCUUGUGGAGGCAUUGCCCUGAUACUUUCCGGUCUGAAAGCUAAUAAUGUUAACUACACAGUUCAUUCAGUCAGGAGGGCUCUAGAGAACACUGCAGUGAAGGCUGACAAUAUAGAAGUAUUUGCCCAAGGACAUGGUGUUAUUCAGGUUGAUAAAGCCUAUGACUACCUCAUUCAGAAUACAUCAUUUGCUAAUAAAUUAGGUUUCACUGUUACCAUUGGAAAUAACCGUGGCAUCUACCUCCGAGAUCCUGUUCAGGUGGCUGCACCUUCAGAUCAUGGUGUUGGCAUUGAACCUGUAUUUCCAGAAAAUACUGAAAACUCUGAAAAAAUAUCCCUUCAGCUUCAUUUAGCUUUAACUUCAAACUCAUCUUGGGUUCAGUGUCCUAGCCAUUUGGAACUCAUGAAUCAAUGUAGACACAUAAACAUACGUGUGGAUCCCAGGGGCUUAAGAGAAGGAUUACAUUAUACCGAGGUAUGUGGCUAUGAUAUAGCAUCCCCUAAUGCAGGUCCUCUGUUCAGAGUUCCAGUCACUGCAGUUAUAGCAGCAAAAGUAAAUGAAUCAUCACAUUAUGAUGUAGCCUUUACAGAUGUACAUUUUAAGCCUGGUCAAAUUCGAAGGCAUUUUAUUGAGGUUCCUGAGGGUGCAACAUGGGCUGAAGUUACAGUGUGUUCUUGUUCUUCUGAGGUGUCGGCCAAGUUUGUUCUUCACGCGGUACAGCUUGUGAAGCAAAGAGCGUAUCGAAGCCAUGAAUUCUAUAAGUUUUGUUCCCUUCCAGAAAAAGGAACACUGACUGAGGCUUUUCCUGUCUUAAGUGGGAAAGCAAUAGAAUUUUGCAUUGCUCGUUGGUGGGCAAGUCUUAGUGAUGUCAAUAUUGAUUAUACCAUUUCUUUCCAUGGGAUAGUGUGUACUACUCCUCAGUUAAACAUUCAUGCAUCGGAAGGAAUCAACCGUUUUGAUGUUCAGUCCUCCUUGAAAUAUGAAGAUCUGGCUCCCUGCAUAACUCUGAAGAGCUGGGUCCAAACACUACGUCCACUGAGUGCAAAAACAAAACCUUUAGGAUCAAGAGAUGUUUUGCCAAAUAAUCGUCAACUUUAUGAGAUGAUCCUUACAUAUAACUUUCAUCAACCCAAAAGUGGGGAAGUGACUCCAAGCUGCCCACUACUUUGUGAAUUAUUAUAUGAGUCAGAAUUUGACAGCCAAUUAUGGAUCAUAUUUGACCAGAAUAAAAGACAGAUGGGUUCAGGCGAUGCCUAUCCACAUCAGUAUUCUAUGAAAUUGGAGAAAGGAGAUUAUACAAUUCGACUACAGAUUCGUCAUGAGCAAAUCAGUGAUUUGGAACGUCUUAAAGAUCUUCCAUUUAUUGUUUCUCAUAGGUUAUCUAAUACCUUGAGCUUAGAUAUUCAUGAAAAUCAUAGUCUUGCACUUCUAGGAAAGAAGAAAUCGAGUAAUUUGACACUGCCACCCAAAUAUAACCAGCCAUUCUUUGUUACUUCCUUACCUGAUGACAAAAUACCUAAAGGGGCAGGACCUGGAUGCUACCUUGCAGGGUCCUUAACAUUGUCAAAGACUGAACUUGGAAAGAAAGCUGGCCAGUCUGCAGCAAAACGACAAGGAAAAUUUAAAAAGGAUGUAAUCCCUGUUCAUUACUACCUAAUACCUCCACCAACAAAGACUAAAAAUGGCAGCAAAGAUAAAGAAAAAGAUUUAGAAAAAGAGAAAGAUUUCAAGGAAGAGUUUACUGAAGCAUUACGAGAUCUUAAAAUUCAGUGGAUGACAAAGCUGGAUUCUAGUGACAUUUAUAAUGAAUUGAAAGAAACAUAUCCUAAUUAUCUUCCUCUGUAUGUUGCACGACUUCAUCAGUUGGAUGCUGAAAAGGAACGAAUGAAAAGACUUAAUGAAAUCGUUGAAGCUGCAAAUGCUGUUAUUUCUCAUAUAGAUCAAACGGCCCUAGCAGUUUAUAUUGCUAUGAAGACUGACCCCAGGCCUGAUGCAGCUACUAUAAAAAAUGACAUGGACAAACAAAAAUCCACCCUCGUAGAUGCCCUUUGUAGAAAAGGAUGUGCCCUGGCUGACCAUCUUCUUCAAGCAGAGGAUCAAGAUGGGGCCAUUUCAAGUGAUGCAGAAGGAAGAGAAGAAGAAGGAGAAAGUAUUUUGGAUUCUCUAACAGAAACUUUUUGGGAAACUACAAAAUGGACUGAUCUUUUUGACACCAAGGUUUUGACAUUUGCAUACAAGCAUGCAUUAGUAAAUAAAAUGUAUGGGAGAGGCCUUAAAUUUGCAACUAAACUUGUGGAAGAAAAACCAACAAAAGAAAACUGGAAAAAUUGUAUUCAACUGAUGAAGUUACUUGGAUGGACCCAUUGUGCAUCUUUUACUGAAAACUGGCUCCCUAUCAUGUAUCCUCCUGAUUAUUGUGUAUUCUAAAAUGGGAACCAAGACUUUAAAUUUUAAAAAAGAAAAUUUUAUAGUGAAUGGAUAUAAAAACAAAUUUGUGGCAUUUUUAGUCUAAUGCAUGUUUUCAUCUGCUAUCAAAUACUGAUUAUUAAAAUGAUGUGUAUUUAUCAGAGACUUUGCUGGUGUGUGGCUUAAUACAUGUAAAUCCAGACCUCUGACAUCAUGGUGUGCUCCUAAUGCCUCAUAUUGCUGGCAAUGGGCUGUGUGCCCUACUGCCAGCACCAAGGACUUUCAGUUGGGUUGCAGCUACUACAUGCAUGAUAGGUUUUGAACAGUAGCUUCUAACUGCAAACCUGUAUAAUUCUAUUUUUAUUUUAUAAAUGAACAGGGUUUUAACAUGCUUGACUUUAAUUUUUUUCAAUUGUUGAAGGCCUUAAAAAGCUACACUAAACGUAGCUAAAAUUAUUUAUUGGACUAAAAAGUAACAGAACUUCCAGAUGUUUUCUGUGUGUGUGUGGCGGGGGGGGGGGGGGGGGGGGGGCGUUUACAAUCAAUUAAGGGAGAAAAAUUAAAGGGGCACACAUAAAUACGUGGCAAUUGCUGCAGCAGAACUGCUUCUAUAAAUCAUCAUCUUGGAGUGAUUUCAGGCCAAUCACUUUUAACAUCCUCUUGACUUGCAGAGCAUCAGAAUGAAUUAAUAAUACAUGUAUAAGUGCCAGACAGCUAAAUCAGGUAUUAUAAAGACACACAUUAUGGUAUGUUUAUUAAAGUUGAAAUAAUGUAAACACUUGAAUAAAUGUGCAAAACCGAAAUCACACAGUACACCAUAUACACUCUGAUACCUUAAUUUUUUAUAAAUAAUAAAAGUGAAUAUUGAAGCUUCUUAAAGUUGGUCUUAAUUUUUCAUAAAUUUGAGAUUAGAACAAAAGUAAUGUUAAAUCCAUAGGCAAAAAAUUCAAUGUGAGGUAAUUUAUUUUAUAAUGUUUCUUAUAGGCUUGCAAUUAUUUGAAUGUUUCCUACCUUAUUGUGAUUAACUUUUAUGUAUGUUUAACUUAUUAUUUUUAUCUUUCUGGGUAUUAUACUUGCUUCUCUCAUCCUUUCUCCAUAAAAUAAACAGACACACGUAGACAAUAUUAAAAGCCUCUACUGACUUAUAGCAAGUGUGUGUGUGUGUAUGUGUAUGAUUUUAAAAUAUUAUUCCCUUAGAGUUUACUACCAUAGAAGAUCUACCAGUAAUCUUGUCUAGUUGUUCAUAACUGGUUUUUGGUAAUUGAUUCCUUUAUUUGAUUAAAACAUGUAGAACCUGUGUGAAAAAAUACAAAUAGCUACAUGCCCAUUCCCUUACAAACACAGGUACUUUCACCUACACACCUAAAGGUCCCCGUCCAACAAGAAAAUUGAGAAGCUCAGAAAAGAUAGGUGACUUCCCAAGGUCACGCUGUUGAUUGACUGAUUAUUAAUUACAGAACCUGUUUUACAAUCCAGGCUUUGCCAUAUCUAGUAAGUCCUACCU